AUGUCACCAUCUGCCACCACAGGUCAAUCCAUUCUAAACACAGCAAAAGCCCAAGAUGGCAAAGUGAAACGCAUUCACAAGAUACCUGAGUUUUCCACCAAAGAAGCUACAAGACAAUGGCAGCUGGAACAGAUGGCUGGUGCAUUCCGUGUUUUUGCCAAGCUUGGGUAUGCUGAUGGAAGCAGUGGCCAUAUUAGUUUGAGAGAUCCUGUUGAUCCAGAAACCUUCUGGAUCAAUCCAUAUGGUGUUCACUUCGGAUUGCUGACCGUUUCUGACAUGGUUCACAUUGAUGAGAAUGGCAAUCGUAUCGGAGGCGCAGAGAAGCCUGUGAAUACAGCUGGUUUCAUCAUUCACGCUGCCAUUCACAAACGCCGUCCAGAUAUCAACGCCGCUUGUCAUCUUCACAGCCCCUACGGCCGGGCCUGGUCAACCUUCGGAAAGCCCAUCGAGAUGAUCAAUCAAGACAGCUGCAUGUUCUACAACGAUCUCGCAGUCUAUGCCAAUUUUGGGGGAGUCGUUUUCGCCAAGGAAGAAGGCAAUAGGCUUGCUGAUGCUCUUGGAACCACUAAGAAGAACAUCAUCUUGCAGAACCACGGCCUUCUUACUUCGGGAGGGACAAUUGGUGAAGCAGCAGCGUUCUUCAUCGCUUUGGAGCGAGCAUGUCAGGCACAAUUGCUUGUAGAAGCUGCUGUGGCUCCUAAUGGAUCUCAGCUCAAGAAGACUAUCGUGAGUGAUGAGGAGGCGCAGUAUACGAAAGAGAACACAGGGAGUCCUGAGGCGAUGUACAUGCAGUUUGAACCCGAGUAUCAGAUGCUUCUCAAGGAAUCCGAGGGCGACUUUUUGCAAUAA